AUGGUUAUCGACCCGUCUAAGAGGAAACGACGCUUUCAUGCAAGGUCCAAAUCUGGUUGUCUGACGUGUCGGGCGCGAAGGAAGCGCUGCACAGAGGAGAAGCCGGUCUGUUUGGGAUGUAGUCGCAAUUUUCUCCUCUGUUCCUGGCCUUCUCCACCGAACCCAGCUCUAGAAGAUGGCGCGGUUGCAGAAAACGUUGACCCGAGGGGUUUCUCAGACUACGGUGUCUCUGAACAGCUGGAUACGAAGCGGCAUGGCAAGCAGAUCAUGCCAGCUAAUGAUCUCACCCACCACUCAGGAUGUUCAUACCUCGAGCCAAUUCUAGGUGCUGGACCGGGCAACAUCUUGCCAUGCUUGGAGUCCCUAUUUGCAACUUCUUCAACCCACUCCAAAGCACUUGCGUCUCCAAGAGAACAGCGACUUUUCCAACACUUUCAUGAAUCCACCUCCGGAAUGCUCGCAGCUCGGGGGUUUUGCUACAACCCUUUCGUUACAUGUCUGCUUCCUCUAGCCAUGACCAAUGAUGGCAUCAUGCAUACAAUCCUCGCGAUUAGUGCAUCCCACUAUACCAGCGCUCUCGGGAAUGACUCUCUCUACGCUCUCGGGAGGCAGCAUUAUGCAAUCGCCAUCAGGUUUGCCAAGCAUCAAAUCACAAAAUUCGCAAGAGGCAUGUGUGAUCAACCUUUGGUGCUUGCGGCGCUACUCUUGUCCUUGUGUGAAUUUGAGGUAAUGCCACCCUCCCUCCCAGCGCUUCCGCAGGCCCAGCUAACUCGGCCGAUCAAGUGUGUCGAUGGUAGCCUUCACGGAGCAGUCCUUCAUCACCUGAACGCGGUCACCCAAAUCCUUGCGCAAGUGCCACCUUCUUGGUUAAGGAGCUGUGAACCUCUAUGUGAAUUUAUUGCCGAGCUGUACACUUUCUUAACUACGGUGUCGAGAAAUUUUGGACUCGCUGCUAGACACACUACUCCCCAACUGCAUAUCAUGCACAAGAAGGUGGGGCUGGAAGGGACCUUUGGUCAGCUCUACGGCUUCAUGUUCGGCUGUGCAUACGACUUAUACAUGCUUAUCCCCCAGAUUCAAACCUUGGCCGUAGAGCGGCAUUCCCAGCCGAACGAGGAUUUGCACUGUGAGGCUGAGUUCAGGGCUAUUGAGACUCAGAUCGGACAAUGGAAGCCAUCCGAGGACAUCACGGGGAAGGAUGUGUCUGAUGCGCUAAAGGUUUCGGGGCUGAUGUUACAGCAGGCGCUGUACGUCUAUCUGAGCUGUGCAAUCCAUGGUCCAGGAAAGCCGAACUCUCUCCUUCUCUACGACAUUCAACCCAAAAUUCAAGCGUUCCUCAACCUCAUGUCUCUUCUUCCUCCGGCUUGCUCUGAAUGGACAACGAUGUCUUGGCCAAUGUUGGUCGUUGGAUCAUGUGUACGCGAUCAGGUGCGACGGGAGAUCAUGCUUGAUUGUGCUAAUGAGAGGAUGCCCAAAAUGUUUGGUGCAUAUGCCCUUAUGCGGACUCUGCGUUGGCUCUGGGAGAGCGACGACCCAACUGCGUUCGGUCCAUGGGGGAUCGAGAAAAUCAUGACAGAAAGAAAUGUCCGGCUGUGCGUUGGAUGAUAAAGUCGUUGGAGGAUAGACGUCUCUCUACGACUCAAUAUUCAAUGCGCGGGCCAUGGUACGCAUUUCGCGCGUGGAAAAACCAGUUCAACAGCCCAAAUAUGCACAUGAUUCCAAUCACUACCACCGCAUAAUCUGCCAUAUUGAAUCUAAUCAGCCAAUCUCUACUAGACUCAAUAUUGUCGACAACCAGCAAUCCAACUUACUCAUAUUUGAGGUGGUCACCGGUCUAAUAGCUGGAAAAAGGUAAAAGACGGUGGUGAUGAGGCUCCACAGAACACAAGCACUGUUUGCCAC